AUGCGGGGCAAACAAACCAAGCAACCACAUGAAACAAACACCCGACACUUGAGCUCGCCAGUAAUCACUGGGUUCGACCUGGAGUUUGGAAGAACAAAGUUUUGUGCGUUAAAGUCUCCUCGGCCGGGCCUGCGAACGUUUGGGACUGAGCGGGGCAGAGGUCGGGAUGUCAGAUUCCGGGAUGGUCUAGACACAAGCGGUCAUCACAAUCUCCAGACCAUGUCUAGACCGUUCGGCAGCCGGAAAAAGCGAGUGACAUUCGGAGGGCUGCAAACCUACAGGGCAAAGGCUGGUGAAAGCCCACAUCACCAUGGUACUGUAAUCCGGACCCACUUCGCGUCCCUGGUCAAAGAGAUAAAGUUAUCUUCCCCCUUUUACCGGGCUCUGAAGGAGAAGGGAGUCUUAACCACCGAGCAAGUGGGGCAGAUUGAGCUAGAGAGCCUGCCGGAACUGAAGGUGGCCAAACUUCUUGAGAUUGUUAAAAAUGCUGAGAGCCACGUGUUCGAGUCGUUUUGCAGCGUUCUGGGGGAGCUGGGAUAUUGGUACCUCGCUCAGACUCUUCGAACGGCCACUGAAGACAAGGACUGGACAUAUGCAGGUGGCUCCAAGCCAACACAGCUGCCAAUGGGAGAUUGGAGUUCUGUGAGGCGCAGUCAUUCAAUCCCUGACCCAGGACGCAUUUCUAUAAAUGGUAAAUCAACCAUGAAAGAAAUCUUUCUCUUUUCCAAAGAAGCCAAUAAAAAUCUGAAAGAAGACAACCUGGAGUUGGGACAAAAGGUGGAAAUCAUGAGGGAAGGAUAUUUACAAAGGUUACAAGUACUUGAAGAAGAAUUAGCUUCUGUGACUCACGAAAGAGACAAGAAUGUGAGGGAACGUGAUAUCACAAUGUUAGAAAUUCAAGAGCUACAAAAUCUCAACUAUGAGCUUCAGGAGCUGAUAAUAAAGCUGGAAAAUUCUAAUUUUAGUGAAAUACGGAAAUAUCCUGGAAUCAGUGUCGACUUUGUUCCUUGUCAGCCAAUGACUGAUGGGCAAAUAAGGCUGCUGCUUACCAUCAAUCAACAAAGCCAAACAAGUGAUUAAGUUGCAUGCAAACAGGCCCUUCGGUCCACUGAGUCUGCACCGACCAGCAAUCCCCAUACACUAGUUCGACACGACACU